AAAUUGUUUGCGCGCGUCCUAAAUUUGGCAAAAAGUCAUAUGAUGCUAUGCUUGCAAUUGCCGAAGCCAGCGGUUGCAAAAGUGCAGUGAAAGCGCAGGGCGAUAGCACCAAGCACACAAGAAAAGUAGCAAAUAAAAACCCCGCCGCUGUUGCAAUGAAAUAAAAGAAAUGUUUUUCAAAAAUUAAAAAAAAACUUACAAAUAGUUUAAUAAAAUACAGCAGAAGUGCUGAAUCGUUCGUAUAUGUAUGUGCAUAAAUUAUGCGGUUCAAUUUGCAAUUGGCUUAUUUGAGCCUACUAUCGGUGACGUGUAUUUCGAGUUGUUUCCUUUUCCUUGUGCUUCUCACAGAGAACGCCAAAUAUGUAGCUGCAAGUAGUGACGAAGCAGUGGCAGCGGCGGCUGCUGCAUUGCCCACUACAGCCGAUACAGCUGCCGAUAACCGAGCAGAUGUGCCGCAAAAACCAGCUGCAGCUGUUGCAACUGCAACAACGGCAACAGUGGCACAUGAUGAAGUUUUACCGAAUUAUAAAAAAGUGAAAAAGUUAUUAAACAAUGUUGGUGACGCAGUGGCGCCGCCGCGUGCAGCUGUGCCAGACGUUGUUAAAAUGCUGGAAAGCGUUGUUGACGAUGAUGGCGCAGCAUUAACGGCGCCAGCACCGGCAGCGGCAGAAGCAGCAACGCAGUCAGCUGACGGUUGGCUGUUGCCUAGUGUUGUUGAUAGAGCAAGUGAAGUUGAUGCAAAUGAGUUCAUAAAUGCAGAAAUUAAUGAUGCAGUUAAAAGUGAAGUGAACGACAACGAGAAGCAAAAUGUUAAAGAGGAGUUGGCAACAGCAGAUAAUUUGCCGCCGUCGUCGCAUGAAGACGACUUGCAAAAUAAACCAGCAGAAGCCGAUGGGCAAGAAAG